UCAUGAAUUCUCUGGAGUACGCUUACCUCUUCAGCCUUAUUCUGGGAGCCAUGCUGUUUUCAUGUAUUCAACUGCUUCCGACGGCAAUGUCACCCUUCAGCUCAAAGAACCCGACGAUCUUGACAGAAAUAGUUUGGCAGCGAUGUUGGCUAGGUUACAAGAGGAUGCUUCAUUUUCUAUCUAUACCCAAGAUGCAGAUAUUCUCUCUGAUGGUAGUAUAGACGUUCUUUUAGGUACUGGUUCUUCAACAGGAAAUUCUGGUACAGAUACUGUCACGGCCUCUUUCGAUUUCUUCGAUUCUUCUAGUGCUCAAGACUUAACUUUAUCCCCUCAAACUCUAUCAAACACUACUGAAGCCUUAGUGAACGACAACUCCAACAGCUUAGGUUUAUCGGCAGACAGUGACGCAGUUUCAACAACUACAAAAGAUGAUGGAAAACCUGGGACUACAUCACCAGAACUAAAAGGAAAGAGACCCAAAACAAAACCAACAUCUCCUAAUAGACAAGGACCUCAACAAUGCCAAGUCUGUUCGAAAGUGUUUGGAAAUGCGUCAGCUCUUGCUAAACAUAAGUUGACACAUAGUGACGAACGUAAAUACGUUUGCAACGUGUGCAAUAAGGCGUUCAAAAGACAAGAUCAUCUAAACGGUCACAUGCUGACCCACCGCAACAAGAAACCGUACGAAUGCAAGGCGGACGGCUGCGGCAAGAGCUACUGCGAUGCGCGGUCGCUGCGCCGCCACACCGAGAACCACCACGUCUCCCCGGCCGCCGCCAGCAGCUCCACCACCACCAUGUCGCCGGCGCAGGGGGCGGCGACGGGGGACGCGGCGUCCCCCCACGGUUCCAGCUGCAUACAGUACGCGCCGCCACCAAGCGGGUCCCCCACGCUCAAAGAGAGCGGCGGUAACAAAGAUGGCAAGAGUCAGUUGCAGCAGUUACUAUCCACCGAACCUGCCAAGAAUUCUACAGGCAGCAACGACGGGCUCACAAAGCAACAACUGGAUCUUAUACAUCAAAUAAUGGAACAGACCCAAAGACAGAACCAAGUCAUCGCAACAUCACCAUCGUCAUCUAAAUCAUCUCCGAAAAAGUUAAAAUCGAGCAGCGGAAAGAUUAAAGAUAAAACGGUAGCACCCGCGUCCUCGACAUCAUGGUCACCAAAUUCGCAACAACAGUGCACCACCAUUCCCAUCAAGACCAUCUCCACUGGAGCACCGAGCCCGCAGAGCAAGGUGACCACCACCACACCCUCCGCCCCUUCGCCUACCACGCCAGAUAAGCCCAUCCUCAAGCCCGUGGAGUGCAACCUGUGCAAAAGGCGAUUCAAGAACAUUCCUGCCUUGAACGGGCACAUGCGCCUGCACGGGGGCUACUUUAAAAAGGUACGUAGUAAGGAUCCUGAUAGUAAAAAGGUCGAUAAAAAAGAACAAACUGGUCCACCUUUACAAACAGCCAGCAGUAGCGUCAGAGCCCUAAUUGAGGAAAAAAUAAUCAGCAAAAGAAAUUCCUCCCCCAGUACCACACACCAUCAUGAACCUGUUACUCAUACCUCAUCGGCAACUCAAGUAGAUAUGGACGCUAAAAUAUCUUCCUUUGUCGUACCGGCACCACCUCAACCAAACCAAGACAAAAACAGAAGACAUUCCGAUGCUGAAGCUUUCAAAAACUCCAAAUCGUACCAAGAAGCUCAAGCUGUAGCAGAUUUAAUAUUGAAAAGAGAGAAAAUAUCUGUUAAAAGAACCACUUCUGAUCCCGGUCAAUCUUCAUCGCAUUUGCUUCAAUAUAGAGCAGAUUCGUUUUCGUUAGAUAGCGUCGACAUGUAUCAAAACGAAGAACCUCAUUUUGUCACUCCAAGCUUGGAAGAUGAAGUAUUUUCAAAUAACAGCAUGAUGCUACAGGGUGUAGAUCCAAAUCAGCUAUCUCAGAUCCCCUUCCAGUCAGAAUCAUUAGAUGAUAACUUACUUCAAAUUAAAGAAGAUAAUCUGCUACAUAUAAAAGAUGAAAAUUUACUGGAUAUGAAAAACGAAGGCGAGGAACAAUUGCAAGAACUAAGUUUGGAUGAUAUAGCCAGCUUGCAUGAAGAACCAAUGACUAUAACUCAACAUACAAUCAAUCCAGUUAAUCAGGAGUUGCAAGCUGUACUGAAUUCACCCCUACCGGAGAGCUUAGCAGAGUUUAGUACAUACCAUACAUCAAAGAACCUAGAAAUUCAAUCACCGAGCUACCAUACUCAGUCUCCAGUCAGUUAUGCCAAAUCUCCUCAUACGUAUACGGUGCAGUCUCCUUUGCAGAGUCCCAUGGUAAGGCACGAUUCUCCUGGGUUUGCUUAUCCUACACCGCCAGCUAGUCACGAAGGACAAAGUCCUUGUUUUGGGCAAAAUUUGAGUGUUCCACUGGUAUCUCCCAGCGAUGAUUUUGGACAAGUGGUGGAAAGAGGACUAGACGAACCACCUCAAGCAUCUUCUCCCCUCUCAGCUGCUUUCUACACAAGCACCAUGUCUAGUUCUGCAGCUGUUGAGGAAGCAAUACAAGAAAUACUUCCUGGAGAAAGUAUUACAGAAGAUAGCUUGUAUCCUCUGUCAAAUACGCCACCAUCCCAAUCCGAAAACGAUUCCUUGGGUUUAUCAACCCCCGUACCUUCACCAAGAAUAGUAUCCACUUCAAUUCCAUCACCACAUCCAGGAAAUAGCUUCAGUCCAUCCCCGAAAACUUCCUGUUCCACUUCCGCUCUAGGAACUCAAUGGGGAACCGCUACUACGCUUAUGUUGCCCAAUUCAGACGACCCACUUUUAUCCAGCCAACCCAAAGACUUUGUUCCCAAGAAGAGAAUACAGCUGAACGGUGUUCCUGUUAGACUGAUAAGCAACAACGGAUUGAUAGAGUUAAACAGCACAAAUUUUACUGGAUUAUUACUAGACGCCAAUGGAGAAAUUAAGUUGAUCCAAACUGGGACUGGUGGAUUACCAGCGAAGAAUUUUGUGAUGACCAAUGCCCAGUUGGUGACGACAACGACGUCCAAUCAGGAUCCCGGAAAUAAAGAUAAACCUAAAAUACAUAAAGUAACCGUUGCUAAAGCUGUUCAACAUCCAUCAUCGAUUAAGCUGGUCAGAACUAAAACAGUUAUCGACGCAAAGAAAGAUGAGUGCAAUGAUAUUUUCCUAAGUCCAACAACGAUACCAACUGCGAGUCCUAUAAAACCAUCACGUAAAAGACUUAGAACAGAACCACUACAGCUUCCGGUAUUUCAUCAGUCGAAGCUGAGAGCUACCAGAAGCAAGCCACAAGGAGCGGCUCGGUAUACACCUCAACCCAUCCUAAAUCCACAACGAACUGGAACAGGACUUUAUACUAAUAUAAAACAAAAGUCCAGUGAAGAUGGAACCACAUGGAAUAGUGACCCCAUUCCUGAAACUGAUUCCACACCUCAUAUUAACAUAGGUUCACAAUAUCAGUGCAGUCUGCCAAGUUAUAAAUCAGUACCUAGGCGAAUAUCACCAGAACCAGCCUAUGAAGACCUACUUUGGGAUCCUGGUAUCGGCAUAUGUACCGAUUCAGAAGUUGACAUGUACUUGGAGUUUGCAUGUUGCGCUGCUAUUCCUGGCGGGGGAAGAAAUAAGGAAUACGCCAUGCAUUUAUUGCAUAUGUGUGGAGGAAAUAUCCAUGAAGCCAUGUUACGUCUGAUGCAACCAUCCCCGAGUUUACCCGCAGAUCAUCCUCUGUUAGCUUAUUCUUACAGCGAAAGUGACAAAUGGACGUCGGCCGAAACAGAACUGUUUCAUCGUUGUCUGAUGAAAUUUGACAAGGAUUUUAACAGAAUAUCCGAAGAAGUUAAAACAAAAACUGUCAAACAAUGUGUUCAGUUCUAUUACGUCUGGAAGAAAGUCUGCGCGGACGAAUAUGGUAGAUUAAAGGCCAUCAGGCAAAUGAAAAGAAAUCAUAAAAAUGUUUUGGAGACGGACGACAAGCCAUACCCGGACGUGAGGUUAUUAGGAAUUGCGGAUAGUGAAUCUCCAAUGCGAAACUUUCUCUGCGAAUAUCCAGAUUGUUCAGCUAGUUUCAAUUCUCGAGCCGCACUGAAUGGCCACAUCCGCAUCCACGGCGGCACCGCUCGCACAUCGCCCACGCCCUCUAACAGCGAGCGACGUCAUGCCUCUUCCUCCACCAACACGUCGUUCUCUGUCACCUCCACCGUCUGUCAUCCCGACUCCACCGACCAAGAGUACCCCUGUAAGAUAUGCGGGAAAGUGUUCCCAAAGAUCAAAAGCCGCAGUGCUCACAUGAAGUCCCAUCGGCCGCCCGAUGCCGAACCUUCGAAACGUCGGAACAGCGAAGCCAGGGAACACAAGGAACCCAAAGAAGUAAAAGAUUUCACUUCGAACGGUAGCUACGAGCUCUCCGUGCCAAGCCCUUUUAGUUUGUAGUACCUUAACAUUAUCUAGUUUUAACGAAUGAUUUUCUAAAAGUAAUCAGUGAAGAGGUCUCGAUGUCAACCAAGCUUUUACUUUCCAAAUUUAAUAAUGCUGAACCUUUGGUAAACACAGAUAAUAUUAAAUAGAGUUUACCUUUACUUUUGAGACGAACCACCGGAUAUAUUUGCGUCUCAAAAAUGGCUCGCCCAUAUAACGUUUUUAUUUUUUCAGAUAACAAAAUAGAUUUGUUAUGUUAGUAUAUGGUAUAAAUUAGGAUUGA